AAAAUCGCUCUAUACUUAAGUGUUUGGAUAUGCUAUCUGGGGUUGGCCAAACAACCUGUAACUAACAAAAUUGAUUAUAAUAACACUAAACAAUAGUAUUACUUCAUUAAGAGUUUAAAAUGUCACCAGUGUGACCAUGGAUAGCUUAGAAACACUGAUACCUUCCUACCCAAGAUGGCAGUUGUCUCUGCAUGAAGUUUCACUGUGCCCAGUUACAAAUUACAAUACUGUGGUGGAAACAAAUUCAGAUUCAGAUGAUGAAGACAAACUCCAUAUUGUGGAAGAAGAAAGUAUUACAGAUGCGGCGGACUGUGAAGGUGGUGUGCCAGAAGAUGAGCUGCCAACAGACCCGACGGUGCUGCCAGGACGCGGUGAGAGAGAAGGCAGUUCUAAGAACUGCUGGGAGGAUGAUGAAAUCCUGGGGCCUGAAGCUCAGGCCGAUGGAGCAGGAUGUUCAGUAAAAGAUGAUGAAUGUGACUCAGAUGCAGAAAAUGAACAAAACCACGAUCCUAAUGUUGAAGAGUUCCUGCAACAACAAGAUACAGCCGUCAUUUACCCUGAGGCGCCUGAAGAAGACCAGAGGCAGGGAACGCCAGAAGCCAGUGGUCAAGAUGAAAAUGGAACACCGGAUGCAUUCUCCCAGUUGCUCACCUGCCCAUAUUGUGAUAGAGGCUACAAACGCUUUACCUCUCUGAAAGAACACAUCAAGUAUCGCCAUGAAAAGAACGAAGACAACUUCAGUUGCUCCCUGUGCAGUUACACCUUCGCCUACAGAACCCAGCUUGAACGUCACAUGACGUCACACAAAUCGGGGCGGGAUCAGAGACACGUGACACAGUCUGGGGGUAAUCGUAAAUUCAAGUGUACUGAAUGUGGAAAAGCUUUCAAAUACAAGCACCACCUAAAAGAGCACUUAAGAAUUCACAGCGGAGAGAAGCCAUAUGAAUGCCCAAACUGCAAGAAACGUUUUUCCCACUCUGGUUCCUAUAGCUCCCACAUAAGCAGUAAGAAAUGCAUCAGUUUGAUGCCUGUGAAUGGGCGGCCACGGGCAGGGAUCAAGACGUCUCAGUGUUCCUCCCCCUCUCUGUCGGCAUCCCCAGGCAGUCCCACCCGACCACAGAUACGGCAGAAGAUAGAGAAUAAACCCCUUCAAGAACAACUUUCCGUAAACCAAAUUAAAACUGAACCUGUGGAUUAUGAAUUCAAACCCAUUGUGGUUGCUUCAGGAAUCAACUGUUCAGCCCCUUUACAAAAUGGGGUUUUUAGUGGUGGUGGCCCAUUGCAGGCGACCAGUUCUCCUCAGGGUGUGGUGCAAGCUGUUGUUCUGCCAACAGUUGGUUUGGUGUCUCCCAUCAGUAUCAAUUUAAGUGAUAUUCAGAAUGUACUCAAAGUGGCAGUAGACGGUAAUGUAAUAAGGCAAGUUUUGGAAAAUAAUCAAGCCAAUCUUGCAUCCAAAGAACAAGAAGCAAUCAGUGCUUCGUCCAUACAACAAGGUGGCCAUUCUGUGAUUUCUGCCAUCAGUCUUCCUUUGGUUGAUCAAGAUGGAACAACCAAAAUCAUCAUUAACUACAGCCUGGAGCAGCCCAGCCAACUUCAGGUUGUUCCUCAAAAUUUGAAAAAAGAAAACCCAGUCCCCACAAACAGCUGCAAAAUUGAAAAGUUGCCAGAAGAUCUGACUGUCAAAUCUGAGAAGGACAAAAGCUUUGAAGGAGGAGCCAGUGAUAGCACUUGCCUUCUGUGUGACGACUGUCCAGGCGAGCUGAAUGCACUUCCAGAACUCAAGCACUAUGACCUGAAGCAGCCUGCACAGCCUCCUCCAGUCCCCGCCCCAGAAGCCGAGAAGCCCGAAACCUCCGUCCCAGCAGGCACUGGAGAUGCCAGUUUGUCUCCCAGUCACCCACCUUUAAAGAACCUCCUGUCUCUUCUCAAAGCAUACUAUGCUUUGAAUGCCCAGCCGAGCGCAGAAGAGCUCGCAAAAAUCGCAGAUUCAGUAAACCUACCACUGGACGUGGUGAAAAAGUGGUUUGAAAAGAUGCAAGCUGGACAGAUUUCAGUGCAGUCUUCUGAACCAUCUUCUCCGGAACCAGGCAGAGCGAAUGUCCCUGUGAAGACAGAGGAUCAGCCUCAACCGGCAAAUGAAAAUGAAGCCCAAGAUGGCACACAAAGUCUGCCGAGUCCUCUGAAGAAGACGGACUCUCCAGUUCCACCCGCGGGACCAGCCGUCAAUGGUUCUAGAAGCAGUACCCCACCCCCGUCCCCUCUCAACCUUUCCUCAGCCAGGAAUUCACAGGGUUACUCCUACACAGCAGAAGGUGCACCAGAAGAGCCCCAAGUGGAACCUCUUGAUCUUUCACUACCAAAGCAACAGGGAGAAUUAUUGGAAAGGCCAACCAUUACCAGUGUUUACCAGAACAGUGUUUAUUCUGUCCAGGAGGAACCCUUGAACUUGUCAUGUGCAAAAAAGGAGCCACAAAAGGACAGUUGCGCUACAGACUCAGAACCAGUUGUAAGUGUAAUCCCACCAAGUGCCAACCCCAUAAAUAUCGCUAUACCUACAGUCACUGCCCAGUUACCCACAAUCGUGGCCAUCGCUGACCAGAACAGUGUUCCGUGCUUAAGGGCACUGGCUGCCAAUAAGCAGACUAUUCUGAUUCCCCAGGUGGCUUACACGUACUCAGCCACUGUCAGCCCUGCCGUCCAGGAGCCACCCUUGAAAGUCAUCCAGCCAAAUGGAAAUCAGGAUGAAAGGCAAGACACUAGCUCAGAGGGGGUAUCAAACGUAGAGGAUCAGAAUGACUCUGAUUCUACGCCACCCAAAAAGAAAAUGCGAAAGACAGAAAAUGGGAUGUAUGCAUGUGACUUGUGUGAUAAGAUCUUCCAGAAGAGUAGCUCAUUGCUGAGACAUAAAUAUGAACACACAGGCAAAAGACCUCACGAGUGUGGGAUCUGUAAAAAGGCCUUUAAACACAAACAUCAUUUGAUUGAACACAUGCGACUGCACUCUGGAGAGAAGCCCUAUCAAUGUGACAAAUGCGGAAAGCGUUUCUCGCACUCGGGGUCGUACUCUCAGCACAUGAACCACCGCUACUCAUACUGCAAGAGGGAGGCCGAAGAGCGCGAGAGCGCGGAGCCAGAGGAGGCAGGGCCGGACGCCCUAAGGAGUGAGCCAGUUGGGGCCCCUGCCUCGCCCUCCCAGGCCGACUCUGAUGAGAGAGAGAGUUUGACGAGGGAGGAGGAGGAAGAGAGUGACAAAGAGGAAGAAGAGGAGGAAGACAAAGAGAUGGAGGAAUUACAGGAUGCAAAGGAAUGUGAGAAACCGCAAGGGGAUGAGGAAGAGGAGGAGGAGGAGGAAGAGGAUGUGGAAGAGGAAGAAGUGGAAGAGGCAGAGAAUGAAGGAGAAGAAGCAAAACCUGAAGGUCCAAGGGAGGAGGCCGGGGCUGUGAGUGAAGCAAGCGGCUUCGAACAAAAAGUGAGCGAGGGUAGUGAGCAAGUAUCCGAAGAGAGAACGAAUGAAGCCUAGUAGUUUUUCUAGAAGGAAAAUAAAUUCUAAGCGGUAAUGAAGUUUGUUCUGUAUUAUCCAUGCUUUUCAUGGAAGCACAGUGGCCUGUCUACUGUGGUUCCUGUUCACUACUGUGUAAAGUAAAAACAGCAACACAAAAAUAUAUACAGAAAAAACCACAAAAACACACAAAAAAAAUAUCCGGGUGUGCCUGAACCUCAGACCUAGUAAUUUUUCAUGCAGUUUUCAAAGUUAAGAACAAGUUUGUAAAAAUGAAGCAGAUUAGAAAACUUUAAUGACUCAGAAAGCAAAGAUGUAACAGGUUAAAGGAAACUGAUUAAUUAGAUAAGCAUCUGGCGUUGUUUCAUUUUAUCAGUAUUAAUUAUCACUUAUGUUGGUUUAUUCUUAAGCUGUACAAUUGGGAGAAAUUUUAUAAUUUUAUAUUGGUAAACAUAUGCUAAAUCCGCUUCAGUAUUUUAUUAUGUUUUUUAAAAUGUGAGAACUUCUGCACUACAAAAUUCCCUUCACCGAGAAGUAUAAUGCAAUUCCAAACCAUGCGAACUACCUUUGAUAAAUUCAAUCUAGAAGGUAGUGAUUUCUAAUACUUAGAUGUCGUAGUAGAGCAUAUUAUCUUUUAAAGUGUAUUGUUAGCCUUAAGAAAGCAGCCGGUAGAAGAAGGGAAGUUUCUUACGUGAUUUCAGAUGGAGUUGAGGAGACGGUCGCGGGGUUGUGACUGCAGGGACUAACGGUGUUAGCGCUGGUGCGGCCAGCGAAGUCGUCAGAAUCAGUGUUUGUGACUGUUUGCGUUUGUGGUCACCGAGUUGAAGGAUACGAGAUGCAGCCGUGCGUCUCCUUUGGCCUUAAGCAAGACCUGUGUGCUGUCAGUGCCAUUUUGCCAUUUCUCAGUGUUCUCCAGGCUCUCCCCGCCUUCCCUCAGCGCAGGGCCUACAAUAACUAGCAUUUGUUGACUUAUUUGCUGCAUCAGAAUUCCCAAAUAAAGCUUAAAACCACUGACUCUGUCAGAGAAACCGAAACACUGGGACAUUUCAUCCUUUAAUUCCUCAGUAUUCAUUCUGCGUUAAUUGACUUUCACGAUUUCUCUAACAUGAACGAAAGGGAAAUUUUCUAAUCUGCUUUAUCCAUGUACUUGCAUUUCAGACAUGGACAUGCCAUUGUUAUUUGGCUCAUAACUGUUUCCAAAUGUUAGUUAUUAUGGACCCAGUUUAUUAACAACAUUAGCUGGUUUUUACCUAUCAGUAUUAUUUUAUUUCUUUUAGUUUAUAGCUCUGUGCAACAUUUUUGUACUGUAUGUCUUCAAACCUGGCAGUAUUAAUACCCUUCUUACUGACAUAUGUACUUUUAGUUUUAGAAAACUUUUAUAUUUAUGUGUCUUAUUUUUAUAUUUCUUUAUUUAUUACACAGUGUAGUGUAUAAUACUGUAGUUUGUAUUAAUACAAUAAUAUAUUUUAGUAUGAAAAUUUGGAAAGCUGAUAAGAUUUAAAGUAGAGAUGCAAUUGGUUGUCUUGCAUUGAGAUUUGAUUUAACAGUGUUAUGUUAACAUUUAUACUUGCCUUGGACUGUAGAACAGAAUUUAAAUGGGAAUGUAUUAGUUUUACAACUACAAUCAAGUCAUUUUACCUUUUCCCAGUUUUUAAUAUAAAACUCUUAAAUUUUGAAAUUCACUGUGUGACUAAUAGCAUGAUCCUCUACAGUUUUAUUAAGAGAUUAGCCUAACCAUAAACCUCUCAUUUCCUUAGUAAACCAAAUUAGGAUUACCUUAUAUAAACAGUGUUGGGAACAAUGUUUAACAUUUUGUGCCAAUUUGUUCCUGUACUCAUGUAUGUAAGUUACAAAUCUGACUCUUCAUUUUUAAGUUCCUUGUCACACCAUGGUCAUUUUCUAGUUUUUUACCGGAUUCCCCCAUCUCACAAUAAAAUGCAUCAACAAGCCUGA